CAUGUGUAUAGGUGUUCAGACGCUGACACACAAGAGCGCUCUCUCUCUCUCUCUCUCUCUCUCUCUCUUCUCUUUGUGCAUCUACCCAAUGAUGCAGUGAGGCUUACUUGGCUAGGCAUCCAUCGAACUAUCUGCCCAUUUACCAUUUCUUCUGUUUUCUGUUGCUUUCCGCACCAUCCCAUGUUCAGUCUGCAGUUGGACACUUCUCAAUGAUCUUUUUCUCCUCUCAUCUUCUUCCACAAAGCAAGCUCCUCCCUUUUUUAAUCGUACCGCUUCUGGAUUCUUGGUGGGUAAUGAAUGCUUCUUUACCUUUUGGUUAGAGUGUGCGAAGCCAUAUAAUGUUUCCCCAAUCUUGCGGCUCUUCCCAUUGUUACCUUCGGAGGCGUUGCCCUGUGCGCACUCUGUGAUUUUGCGCAUCAGACGAACCAUUGGUCCUUCUCUAGCUUCAUUUCGUCCUUUUCUCUUCUGGGUCGGUCACUACAAAUCUCUUCCUGUCUACCUUACUAGGCCCUUGCAUUUAUUCACUCAUUUUCACGUUAAUCAAGCCAGUGCAUUUGAGUUUCUCCUCGAAAUUUCAUUGAUUGAUCCCCUUUUUUUGAGUGAUGCUCACAGUCGCUGAAGCAACCAAGAAUGGCGAAUCUCGUUCCUGGUGUCCUCCUCAAGCUUCUACAGCACAUGAACACGGACGUGAAAGUUGGGGGCGAGCACAGAUCAUCUCUGCUGCAGGUGGUGAGCAUAGUCCCUGCACUUGCCGGCGGUGAGUUGUUCCCAAACCAAGGCUUUUACCUCAAGGUCUCUGAUUCAUCUCACGCCACCUAUGUGUCCCUCCCCGAUGAGCACGAUGACCUCAUUCUUAGUGAUAAGAUCCAAUUGGGUCAGUUCAUUCAUGUGGAUAGGCUCGAACCUGCCUCACCUGUCCCCAUUGUGAAAGGGGUUCGGCCAGUUCCGGGUCGGCACCCUUGUGUGGGCACCCCUGAGGAUAUUGUGGCAACUCAUUCUCUCGGGUUUCUUAAUGGUAAUAGCUCUUCGAGUUCGAAAAGCGAGGGGAGAGGGAGAAGUUCUGCUGAUUCCAAAGUUCUGGUUGCUAGUAAAAAUGUAACCAGUGAGAAGGGCAAAAUGUCGCCGGUUAGGUUGAGUGUAGGGUCUAGAGAUGAGCAAUCGGAUAAAAAAUCGUUGGCAUUCAGUAGAUCAAAGGCUCAGUUAACGAAACCAGGGUUGAGAGUUGAGGUGAAGAGGGAAUCUUUGACGAGGAUGAAGUCAUUGAAUUCGCGGUCGAUUCCUUCCUCUCCGUCAAGCUGUUACUCAUUGCCUACUACUUUUGAGAAAUUUGCAAAUGGGGUGAAGCAGCAGACUGAGAUAAAGGGGAUGAAGAAGGUGGCUCCGAAGUUGGGGUCAGCGGAGAAGGCCAGUUCAGUUCGGAGUGUGAGUCCGGUUAGGAAGAAGUUGCCUCGUGGAAGCCCAAUCAAGGAUUUGCUCCAAGGGAUUGAACACGGGGCCAAGGCAUUAAGGAAGAGCUGGGAAGGCAACAUUGAGCUGAAGAACAUAGACAAGUCGAAACUCACUGCCUCCAAGCAUGAUUAUAAGCCUGUCUCUCGGAGUGCCUCUGCUCCACGGAAAAGCACUUCAAGUGAGAGAUUACCAUCAAAAGAGGAAAAUAUAGUGGUGCCUGGAAAGUCAUCUAAAGAGGUGAACACCGUUCACAUGUCAGCGAAAAAUGUUGCUGGAAGUGGAAAUGGAUUGACGGAUGAUUACGGAAAAUCUCUUAAGCAAAGACCAAUAGUGAGGAAAUCAUUGACAGAAUCUAAUAACGGAUUACCAGGGAACUUUGUCAGGUUUUCUUUGAAUAGCAGGAGACUGACAGAUGGAAAUGUUGCAUGGGGUUCACUUCCAUCUUCUCUUGCGAAGCUUGGGAAGGAGGUAAUGAAGCAUAGGGAUGGUGCACAAAUAGCAGCAAUAGAGGCUAUGCAGGAGGCUUCUGCUGCUGAGAGCUUACUUCGAUGCUUAAGCCUAUACACAGAGCUGACAACAAGUGCAAAAGAAGAUAAUCCGCAACCUACGGUGGAGCAGUUCUUGACCCUCCAUGCAAACCUAAACAAUGCUCGCACCAUUGCUGAUUCUCUUGCCAAGACCGUCAUGAUGGGAUCAUCAUCCCCCAGUAGUGGAGAGACUUCACCAGAAGAGGCCCUGAAGAUGACAGCGGAGAAGCGAAAGCUUGCAGCUUCAUGGGUACAAGCAGCUUUAGCUACAGAUCUUUCAUCCUUCAGUGUAUAUACUAAAGAACCUAUCUCAAGCUUAGGUUCGAAUCCAUCUCAAACCCAGAAGGUUGUAUCUGGAAACCAACAACCUGUCCUACUCCUGGGGAGCUCGGGAAAGAAUGAUGCCGCCAAAGCACCGGGCAAAACCCGUGCAAAGCCAGCAGGACCCGCAACUCCACGGCGGGUUGGGGACACUGCUUCCAAUGGACCGAAAUUACCAGCUCCGCCUUCAUUAGAAUGGGAAAGAGGGGAAAGCCUCGAUGAGGCAGUUGACAUGGCGGAGGUGCUAAAGGUGGAGUCGAGAGAUUGGUUUCUGGGGUUCGUGGAGAGAUUCUUGGAUGCUGACGUGGGCGCAUCAGUUCUGUCUGAUAAUGGUCAGAUAGCAGGGAUGCUGAGUCAGCUCAAGAGUGUCAAUGACUGGUUGGAUGAGAUCGGAUCGAGUAAAACAGAUGAAGGGGAAGCACAAACUCCAGGUGUUUCUUGUGAGGUCGUCGAUAGGUUGAGAAAGAAGAUCUACGAAUACCUCCUAACGCAUGUCGAAUCAGCUGCCGCUGCUCUUGGAAACGGACCCACCCAAUCUUCCCCUCUCGUCCCUGCAAUGGAGCCAAGGUCGAGACGGUAAUGGGGCCAGAAUAGUAGCGUCAGUAGUGUCCUGUUAUGUGUAUAUACAGUCCAACAUGGGUAUGGAGGUAUAGGUGGAGCAAGCCACUAGCCACGGUCGAUUAUCAAACUGUGAAGUUUCGGGGUCACACUUCUUUUAUGUAUCUAUUUUCAUUCUUCUUCUACCAGGAAGAAGGGCGGGCUUGUUUGAUGCAAUGGAGCAAAAUGAAGGAUUUCUUGUAUACUGAAA